AUGGGUUUCAGAAUCUCAUCAUAUACACUGAUCAAGGCUGUGUCGCUGGCACAUCUGACAGCGGCUUACCUGCUGCUCUACAGGCCCCACGUCCUCGCUGAGCAGAAUGUCGUUGUCAUUCUGGGAGAGUCGAUGCAAGUGAACUCUACCUCAGCUUUUAGCAAGCCCACCGAAGUCACCGCCCUCGCAUCCAUCCUCCUAGCCUUCCUCGGUGUCAGCGACUUGAUCGCAGCAAGCCUUCCCGAACGCUCGUGCCUCGAAUACUGGUCCAACAUCCUCCCCUUCCGCCUCUUCAUGCUGUUCUCCAGUACCGGAUACAUCUACCUCACAAGGACCGACGACACCACUACCUCCACCCUGCGAGCCUUGAAGGGCAACUCUAGCCCUCUCGACCUCGUCAAGAACUCGUUCGUCUUCACCUUCUUGUUCAUGGAGACACUUCACUGGUUCUGGGUAUUUGUCGCCAUGAAGGAAGACAGACGCGAGUGGAUGGUCCGCGAGGCAACUGCACAGCUCCGCGAGGAAGAGGAAAAGAAGUUCAGAAUGUAA